AUGGCGCUGAGCCUGCUGGAGGACUGGUGCCGCCUGCUGGGCGUGGACGUGCGCCGGGCCUUGCUGGUCACCGGCAUCCCCGAGGGCUUGGAGCAGGCUGCCGUCGAGGCGACCCUGCAGCCGGCCUUCCAGGGCCUGGGCGCCUUCAAGCUGCGCAGCACGCGGACCCUAAGGAAGGAGAAGGCCAAGGCCGCCCUGGUGGAGUUCGUGGGGAGUGUGGAGCAGGCGGCUGUGCCCCGGGAGAUCCCGAGCCAGGACGGGGUCUGGAGGGUGCUGUGUAAGGAUCGCGUGGAGGAUUCCCGCGUCCUCAGGCAGAUGAAACGCUUGCUGUUGGAUGAAAGGCCCCCGCGGGCCCAGGUGGCCAAGGUUCCCGGGGACACAACUUCCCCUCUGGAUCAGGAAAGCCAGGCGCCCCCGGGGUCGGGCCAGUCCGGGAGGCGCGCCCUAUCCCCUCUGGGCAUAGGAAGAAAGGCUAGGAGAGGGCGCCGGGGCCGUGGAAGUAGGGCCAGAAGCAACAGGUUGACCAAGAAGGGCAAGAAGAGGGGGCGAGGGGGGCGGCCGGCCACCUUGAUGAGGAGUGAGUCGGAAGACUCCUCGGACGAGAGCCUGGGCAUCGUGAUCGAGGAGCUGGAGGAGGACGAAGACGAGGACCAGAAGGCGCUAUACGCCACCCUGCAAGCGGCCGCCAGGGAACUCAUUAAGAAGUGGGGUGGGCAGGACGAUCGCCAGGAGGGAGAUGCCCCCCGAGAGUUCUUGGCCCUGGUCACCGUCAAGGACAAAACCAAGACGGAAGAGGCCGAGAACGAGCCACCACCCUCUGCUGAGUCCAACAACCUCGAGGGCAAGGAAGACAAGAACAUCGUCCCUGACUUGGUGGCACUCCUGGCCGUCCGAGACACACCGGAUGAGGAGACCAUGGAGAGUGACGCCUCGGAGAGCGAGGACCAAGAAAAUGAUGGAGUGAUCAACCCCGAGUUCGUGGCCAUUGUGGCCUACACUGACCCUUCCGACCCCUCGGCCCGGGAGGAGAUGUUGAAAAUCGCCUCUGUCAUCGAGUCGCUGGGCUGGAGCGAGAAGAAGGACAAAAGGGAGGCCCUGCCCGAGGUGUUGGCUGUGAUGACCAAGGACACGUCGGGCAUCCGCGUGAAGGUGAAGGAGGCGGGCCGCGAGGUGGACGCCAUGGUCCUGAGAAAUGCCAAAGAUGACGGGAAGCUUCUAGAAUGCAUUUCCACCCUGGCUGACCCGGAGACCCCAUCCAAGGAGAAGAAACCCAACCUCCUCAAGGGCUGGGCCAAUGAUGGCCCAGAAGGAGGGGGUCUCCUGGAGCUGGUGGCGCUCCUGGCCGCACAGGACAUGGCGGAGGUGAUGAAGGAGGAAAAAGAAAACGCCUGGGAGGGCGGCAAAUUCAAGUAUGCCAAAGGCAACCUCGGCGAGGUCUUGGCGCUCCUCGCCGCCCGCGAGAUCCUAGAGUCCGGGCAGACCUCGUCCUCCGAGUCCUCCACGGAGUCGGAUUCCGAGUCCUCGGAGACAGAAUCCUCCGAAUCCGACGACUCGGAGAGCGAGGAGUCGGGGCCCGAGGACCGGGCGUCCCGGAAGCCGCGCGCCAAGAGGGCGCGCACCGCAGCGCGCAACCUGGGCCAGGCCGGGGGCCGGGCCUCAGCCCAGGAUGAUGGAGCAGGCAGCAAGAAGAAGAAGGCGAACCCCAGCUCGGGGCCCCACGGCAAGGCCAGCGAGACCAAGAGCCAGCCGCCCGCCGGCUCCCGCUCCGUCCGCGGGAAGAAGGUGCGUCGGGGCCGCAGGCUGCCCCCCAAGUGCCGCUAG